CUAUUUUAGAAAUAAAAUUAAAGCAUUUUUGCCAUUAGUUAAUAGAAAAUGAGACUAUGAAUAGCAUUAAAAUAUUUCUACCUGUAUUUCCAAAGGAAAAACACGCAUUAUUAAAGGGUUACAUUACUCGAAAAGAUAAUUCUAUCGAUAUUUACAUUACUAAAGUCUAUUUCGAUUUUCCUUCAUUUCAAGCAAAUGGGUGUGAAGAAAAUAAUAUUUUCUACGGUUACUAUUAUGCUAAUAAUUCUGAUAAAACCAAAUAUACAUGGAACGACGAUUUUUUUGUAAUUGAAAACAUGGCUGGAUCUUUUGGAGUUAAGAAGUGUAUUAUAAAUGGUGUUUCCAUAAAUUUAUGUGAUCAAAUAGUUUUACUGCUUUACGAUUAUGAUACAGUAAAUAGCUCAGAGGCAGUAUUCACUUCCGAGGAUUUUAUGUCCAGUUUAAAACAUUAUGUGCGAAAAGAUUCGUCUGCCUCAGAAAAUACUUCAAAAUAUUAUGAACUUUGCCACUGUCCUUCGUGGCUGGCAGCCUCAAUGUUUGCUAAACAUAUUUUCAACAGUAUUAAUCUAGUCUUUUGGUUAGUCACCUCAGUAAAACGAAAAAACAAAAUAUCAAUUCAACGGGGCAAUUUAAUUUUGGCUCUUUUGGUUGAUGUUUUCUUGGGAUAUUUGAUUUUGGAACUUAUAAUGUUUGAUAAAAAAGAGAUUGCUACCAUAUUAUUUGGGGCGUUGGAGAAACUUGUUAACUUAUUAUAUUCAUUACUUAAAUGGUUAAUGGGUGCCCCAGCAGGUUUGAAACUCAACAAUGCUUUUAACAAGAUGCUGGGAAAAUAUUUUUUAUAUCAUGUUGAGCUGUGGUGGUUGUUUUUAGAAGUCUCAAGCUCCAAAUUGGAUACUAUUUUAUACAUUUACCAAUAUGUAGGGUUCCUGGGUUUCACAUUUCAAGCUGCCAUUGUUUCAGAUAUGCUUUGUUUGGUUACCUUCCAUUCAUACUGUAUUUAUGUUUAUGCUGCAAGGCUCUUCAACAUUCAAGUAUCAGGACUGACUGCUCUUUUGAGGUUGUUUGUUGGGAGAAAAUAUAAUCCACUGCGCAAUGUCAUAGAUUCUUGUGAAUAUACAAACCAGGAGCUUUUUGUGGGGACUGUGGCUUUCACUAUACUGCUGUUACUGUUGCCAACUACCCUUAUGUACUACAUAGUGUUUACAAUGUUCAGAGUCCUAUCUUUGCUGGUGCAGUAUAUUUUAGCAGGACUUAUUUUCAUAAUGCAAUGUACUCCAUUCUAUGUAUUAAUUUUGUGGUUGGCUCGUUCACCAAAAAUUGCUGGUAAAGUUUUUAUUGAAGAAGUAACACCCUUAGAUUCAGCCACACUUACUUUGAAUGUAAAGUUGUUGAAUCAAUCAAUAGGACAUCUAUUUGUAUCGUUCAAGCCACCAAUUGAUAUGAUAAAGAAUGUCGAAUGGAAAGUUAUAUUGAAAAAUGUUUUUACAGGGAAACCUAUAAUAUGAAAUAAAAUAAAAAAGGUAAUCUUCACUUAUUUAUUAUCCUUUGUUAUUACGCAUAAAAAUAAAAAUUGUCUGAUCACCACAAAUGUGAACAUAAAUGCUUACUUUAAUCUGUAGUAAACUGGGCAAUUUACAUUAAGGCCAAUGAACCUACUCAAACAAUUUUCGACAUAUUGAAUGUAGCCUAACAUGGACAUUCAUGUACGUCAUACAUUGCUACAAUAAAACCACAAAUUGGUUGACAAUAUCAAAAUAUGUAAAUUAUUCUAAGAACUGAAAACAUU